AUGGAACAAAGAGAAUCAACAAGUGAAGCAUAUCUACGUCAACUCAUUCAAAGUUUCAAGAGGUUGCGCAUCUUGGAUAUGCAUGCCACAAAUGUAAGGAAGGUGCCAAGGUCCAUUUGUAAGUUGAAACAUCUAACGUAUCUCGACCUCUCUCAUAAUAGUGCACUCAAAAGGCUUCCUAACUCCAUUAAGAGAUUGCAGAAUUUGCAAACACUUAAUCUCUCCCAUUGUAUUGCCCUUGAAGAAUUGCCAAGUGAGAUAAGGAAGUUAGUCAACCUCUGGAAUCUAGACAUAGAUGAUAAAGCUCGUGCUAAGAAUUAUUGCAGACUUAGGGAGCUAAAUGGGCUUAAUGAAAUUCAGGGAAGCCUCAGAAUUGAAAAUUUAGGAUGCAUAACAAACGCAGUAUUAGAAUCCAAGGCUGCAAACUUGAUAGGGAAGCAUUCUCUAGAAUCUUUGGAACUUCACUGGGGCUAUCACGAAUCUGAUGAUGCAGUAAUCAGGGAUCGAGAUGAAGCUCUAUUAGAUGGACUGAGGCCACACUCAAAUCUACGGAAUUUGAUGAUCGAUGGCUAUAGAGGUGAGAGCUUUCCAAGGUGGAUGAUGGAAACCUUUGUGUUUUUCUUGCCAAAUUUAGUUGAGGUAAGCUUGCAACUUUGCCAAAGAUGUAAGCAUCUCCCUCAGCUGGGCCAACUCCCUCACCUCGAGUCUUUAUGGAUAUGGUUUCUGACUGAAUUGGAAUAUAUUGAGUUAGACCAUUCAUCCACUUUAACAACAUCAUUUCCUAGGCUAUUAAGCUUACGAAUCGGUUACUGUGAAAACUUGAAAGCAAUGCCUCUAAUUCCACACCUUGAGGAGCUGAUGCUGAGUAAGGUCAAUCCAGAGUUGAUAAAUCACAUAUUUGGCCUUAACAAGUUGAAGCGGCUGAUUAUAUUGGAGAUGGAGCUUUUAGAAUGUUUGCCCGAGUGUUUGGAAAGUCCCACUUCACUUGAAUCUCUUAUCAUCUGGAAGUGUCCUCGGUUAACUUCCCUCUCACUCAGUAUGAGAAAUCUAUCGAACCUUCAGCAUCUCAAUUUUAGGAAUUGUGAGGAGCUCGAUUUAUCCAAAGACGAAAGCGGCAACAUCUUGGAUUUACAAGGACUUAAGAGUCUCCGGUCCGUGGACAUUGUUGAUGUUCCCAAACUAGCAUCUCUUCCACCGUGGCUUCUACAAGCCAACAGUCUUGAGCAACUUUCAAUUAAAAAAUGCUUAAAUUUGAAGGCUUUAUCAGAGCAGAUCGAGGCCCUUCAAUCACUUCAAUCGCUUGAGAUCGUCUGGUGCCCCUCGUUGAGAUCAUUACCCGAAGGAAUGUGA